AUGCCUGGUUUUAUUCCCAAGAAGUUCCCCGGCAAAGUUGCCGAGCCGAUGAUUCCUUUCUACGCUGCUGGUCUUGUUGUCCUGUACGCCAUCAAUGCCGGUGCAAAUGCCAUGAUGAACUCGGAAGAAUACAAGAACGAUCCUCGAAAUCCCAAUGCGAAGCCCGAGGCGCACGUCGCCAAAUAA